CGGAAGCAGAAUGUAAGCCUGUGGGUAUACUGUGCGUGUCUAGGAGAAAAGGAGGAGGGAAUGCACACACACGCACAUACUUGGGGCUGAUGUAACAGAAAAAAAAACAGCUGUGAUCACAAUGCAGUGAAAGGUUUUUGAAAGGAAAGACGGAAAAAGGAGAGCACUCUCUUCCUGGCUGUGUGAGAUAUUGUACAUCUACAUUUCCUGAUUUACCUCAUUCCUGCCGCCAUCAUGUCGCUUUUCACUCACGUGCUGGCGUGUCUGUUUGGUAUGGGCUCCUGGGUGGCUAUCAAUGGGAUGUGGGUGGAGCUCCCCCUCAUCGUACCAGAGAUCCCAGAGGGGUGGUACCUGCCCUCAUACCUCACAGUCCUCAUCCAGAUGGCCAACAUAGGUCCUCUCUUCAUCACCCUGAUGCACCGCUUCCGCCCAGGGGCGCUGGAUGAGCGGCCGGUCAUCUAUUGCAUUGUGGGGCUGGGGAUCAUUGCGACAUUCCUGCUGGCUUUCUUCUGGAGGCACACUGUGACAAUAGGGGGCUCUUUGCACAGCGUGCCCCUGCUGGUAUUAAGCUUCCUUCUCUCUGUAGUAGACUGCACCUCCUCUGUUACCUUUCUGCCUUUCAUGAUGCAGCUGCGUCCACAGUACCUCACCACAUAUUUUGCAGGUGAGGGCCUCAGUGGUCUGGUGCCGGCACUGGUGGCUCUGAUUCAAGGUGUUGGUGUAGUCCACUGUCAGAAUGCCACAUUGACUGGUCCAGCCAACAAAACAGCAGAUAAUACCACUGUGGUUGGCAGUGCAGAGCUGCAAGCCAUCUACCAGCCCGCUAAGUUCUCUGCCCAGGUCUUCUUUGUGUUCCUCAGUGCUAUGAUGGUCGUGUCUCUGGUAGCCUUCAUUUUACUCAACCAUCACCCAGCUGUGGCUCGGGAGAGGAAGAAUGACCUGUACUUCAGUGGGGAUCUCUCUUUGGGCAAGAGAGAACAAGGUCUGUCUCUGCAUGCCCAGACACCAGAGCAGAAGCCAAUGAUCAGUCCCUUGGAGGCAGUGAGGAAGGAACCCAGAAGCUCUUUUGGGAGGGGGACGUUCAGCAAUCUAGAGGUGGUAUUCAUCUUUGUGGUGCUGGCUUGGGUCAACGCUCUGACCAACGCAGUGUUGCCCUCAGUGCAGUCCUACUCCUGUCUGCCUUACGGGAACAAGGCCUACCAUCUAGCUGCUACCAUGGCAGCUGUCGCUAACCCAGUGGCCUGCUUCAUCGCCAUGUUUAUGCCGAUUAGAUCUCUCAUCUUCAUGGGUUUCUUGACCAUGUUUGGGACCGGAUUUGGAGCCUACAUCAUGGCCAUGGCUGCUCUUAGUCCCUGUCCUCUGCUCGUCCACAGUGCUUCUGGAACUGUGGUCAUUGUGCUCACCUGGAUCCUGUUUGUCCUGUCCCUGUCCUACGUGAAGGUUAUCAUUGGGGUGAUUCUGCGGGAUGAGGGCCACAGCGCCCUUGUGUGGUGUGGAGCAGUAGUGCAGUUGGGCUCCAUGGUUGGCGCUGUAUCCAUGUUCCCAUUGGUCAGUCUCUAUGGACUUUUCAAGUCAGGGGAUGCUUGUAACACCAGAUGUCCAAUGUAGGCUAUGUAUAUGUUUAAGUUAAAAACUACUGUAGAAAACCGAAAUUCAAAUUGCACUUACUUUAGUAGCACUGAACUCUUUCUAGUCACAAGCAUUACAUAUUCCAUCUUGUUUCAACAGAACUGAGAGGUUACAGGUAAUUAUCUACUACUAUAUCACUCCAUGAUUUUUUCCAAACAGACAUACUCCUGUUAGAGUUAGACUGUAAAUUCAUGCUUUACACAGAUAUUUGUAUUUAUUGACUUAUGGGGUGAGUGCUACACAUGGCUGAAAUGACAUCUACAUUGUGAAUGUCACAGACCGCACAAGACCAACUAAAGUAUGAGAAAGUAUUUUACUGCUGAGCAUAUUACAAUUCCUUCUCGAUUCAGAGGUCAAAACCAUUUUACUUGAACUGCUAACAUAAUGCUAAAGUAUAAUUGAUGGAUGCUGCUUUUAAGAACCUGUGGUACUUUUGGCUUUAAAAUGUGCCUUAAUUUGACACUUGGAAAGGAUUUGUGGGUUCUUGUUGUUUAACACUGUAAGUUGCUUUGUGUAUGUUACUAGAGUGGAGAAAUUGUUCAACAAUACCAAAUAAAACAUCUGUUUUUAUUCCUA